UCCGCCACACACACAUUCGUUUGGCCCGAUAAAACAUUCCCAAGGUCUGUGUCGCAAGGAUACGGCACUUGGUGGAUUUGGAAAAAAUAAUAUUAGAAGGAAGAAGGAAGAAGUUUAGACGGAUCACGAUGCGAGUGUCAAUACAAUCCCGCUUCGCGGCAGUGGCGGCGACGCUCGCCCUCGUCUUAUCUGUCAGCACCGCAGCGGGAGAAGUUACAGAGGCCGCUCAGAGCAAGAACUCGACAUGGAUGGCAUCCAGCAUCAUGUCCCGCAGCCAGGGCAUCAUGACCGGCAAAGCCGGCUCGUCCGAGCUCCUCCAAGCCGGCAUCACGCAGCGCGCCUUGACCGCGCUCGCAGCACAAUACCCCGCCGACGCCUUCACCGCCGACGUGCAAGCGUACAUCUUGUCCAGCGCCUCGUCCGUAUCCCCAUUCGUCCAAAAUGCCACCCACGACGCCCUAUCGUACCCUCUGGACCGGCUCUCCAACGGACACGCCCUCCUAGCCCUGGCAGCCCCGACGACUAACCUGACAGCGGGACCAGGCUCCUUCGACACCGCCGCCAGCGCCCUGCGCCAGAGCAUCAGCUACAACCGCCGCAACCCCGAGGGCGGGCUCUGGUACUUCACCUAUCCCCAGUGGAGCUACCUCGACGGCAUGUACUCGCUCGCGCCUUUCUACGUGAGCUACCACGUCGCGGCCGAGACCGCAAAUCCGUGCCCCGAGAGCGAGAACGCGACGCUUGCCGCGGUUGACGACACGUACUUCCAGCUGGACCUGCUCUGGAACCACACCCGUAACGACUCGACGGGACUCCUGGCCCACGGUUAUGAUGCUUCACGCACCGCGGUGUGGGCGGACCCCAACACGGGUGCGAGCCCGCACGUCUGGGGCCGGAGUUUGGGAUGGUACGCGAUGGCGUUGGUGGACACGCUAGAGAUACUGCCGGAGUCCGCGCGCGAGUGCCGGGAUCUCAUACUCGAGAAGUUCAACUCGCUUGCCAGUGCGAUUGUGAGUGCGGUCGAUCCAGCGACUGGUGGAUGGUGGCAGGUCCUCGACGAGCCGGGACGCGAGGGCAACUACAUCGAGUCUAGCGGCAGCGCCAUGUUCGCGUACGCGCUACUCAAGGGCACACGACUAGGAUAUUUCGCCUCGAACGCCACUCUAUCGUCGACGGCGGUGGCUGCCGCUAUUCGCGGUCACAAGUAUCUGACAGACACGUUUGUGGUUCGGGAGACGAACGGCACGCUCGGGUAUAACGGAACAGUAGCGGUGUGUAGUUUGAACUCGACGGCAACUUACGAGUACUAUGUCGAGCAGCCCAUCAACUACAACAGUGUGCUCGGAUCCGCGGCCUACAUUCUUGCAUCCCUUGAAGUCGAGCAUCUAGCAGCUUUAUAACGGAACCAUACUCGUAUAUACGCGAGACUAUGUUGCAUUUGCAAAUUCGUAAUAAUAAUAACAACAGUACUUUAGGUAGGUACUCAUCAGGUCCAUAUAGCAUUGCCACUUCAAUGUACGCUAUUAAUAUAGAAAAUCAAUCGAACCGCGUUGCCUAUUAUAUGUAUUACAUCGCUUGGCCAAUAAUUUUCGAUACUAAGUGGGUUUGAUAGUUGACCACCAGCCGCCGAAGACUAUUGAAUCCAUGUACAC